CUGAGGGGGAGGGGCUUCCAGUGUUUGGGGUCGAGCAGGCUGGCUGGAGCUGGGCUGCGGAGCGGAGAGGCGGGGAGAGCGACCCCCGCCAGUUAAUUAAACACAGCUGAAGAAGGUUGUGCCUCUUCUCCCCCCGCCUCAAUAUAUGAGACUUAAAAGCAGAUACUUUGCUCUCUUUACUGAUGCCUAAAGUCACAGAAGGAAGAAAGAGAGGAAUAUACUUGGCCAGAAGUAUAUUCAGAAGAAGAGACCUUACUGUUUUGCUGAGUCCGAAUCAGAUCUAUCUGAACUAUAAAAAUUUACUGUGUGCUUGGGGCUGACCCUGCCUGGAAAAAAGUCAUAGUUGGAUCCUCUUCUUCUGGCUGUGGCCUGUAGUAUCUAGCCCUGGAUGGCCAAGUGGGAGAUCCUGCAGGGGCUGGACCGGCCUUUCCAAGAGCGGCUACAUGAACUUUAUUCAAAAAGUCUCUUGCCUAUGGAUGUACGGAAACACCUAGCUUCUUGGAUUGAGGACCAAAACUGGUACCAAGCAGUCAUGAGCCCUGAUACGUCUCAUGCUUACUUGCUCUUCCAUCAUCUUCUGGACCAACUGGGCUCCCAAUCUAAUGGCUAUAGUCAGGAUUCUGACCUGCUCCUGCAGCAUAACUUAAGGAAGUUCUGCCGGGAUGUUCAGGCUUUCUUCCAGGAUAAUCCCAUCCAGCUGGCUGGGCUAAUCUAUAAUCUGCUGCUGGAGGAAAAAAAUAUCCUGAACCAGGCUCAGAGGACCCAGCAGGACCAUAGAGACACAAGCCCUGAGGUACCCAAGGAGACGAGGCAGCAACAGGAGAUUGAGUCUCGGAUCCAGGAGUUGAAGGAUAUGAUACAGAAACUGGUUAAGGAUGUUUACCAGCUGAGUGACCUACAGGAUGUUUUCUCUUUUCGGUACAAGACACAGACCCCUCCAGCGAAGCCAUCUUCCAUGGACUCUAACCAGGCCAGGCAACAACAACUCCUGCAGGAAACACUCAAUGAACUGGACCGAAGAAGGAAGGAGGUGCUGGAUACCUCCAGAGCACUACUGGGCCGAUGUACCACUCUGAUUGAGCUCCUGCUGCAGGAACUAGAGAAGUGGAAAGAUCACCAGCGAAAGGCCUGCAUUGGAGCCCCUCUGGACCUCCGCUUGGAUCAGUUAGAAAAUUGGUUCACAGCUGGAGCAAAGAUAUUGUUCCAGCUAAAGCAACAACUGAAGGAACUUGAGGAUUUGAGCAACUUAGUGAGCUAUGAGAAUGAUCCCCUGAAAACCAAGCUGCCUUUACAGGGGGUCACAGAAUUGCUGCAGCUUCUGCUCCACAGUGCCUUUAUAGUGGAAUCUCAGCCUCAGAUGCUUCUGCCUAUCAAUCGACCUCUUGUCCUCAAGACUGGGAAUAAGUUUUCUGUCCAAACACGGCUCUUGGUGAGGCUGCAGGAUGCAAAUGAGCCUCUGACUGUGCAUGUCACCAUUGACAAGAAUUCUCCCCAAAUGAAAGGCUUCCGAAUGUUCAACAUCCUGACCUCAGAACAGAAAACUUUGACCCCGGAGAAGGGAAAGAGCCAAGGUUUGGUCUGGGACUUCCGCUGCCUGACACUGAAGGAGCAGAAGACAAGCAGCUCUGGGAAGGGCUGCAGUGAGGGACUGCUCAUUGUGACGGAGGAGCUUCACAUCAUUAACUUCACUGUCAAAUACUCCUACCAGGGGCUGAAUCUAGAGUUGAAGACCAAUAGUCUUCCUGUGGUGAUCAUCUCCAACAUGAACCAGCUUUCCAGCGCUUGGGCCUCCAUACUUUGGUUUAAUCUGCUCAGCUCUGAUCCCCAGGAUCAACAGUUCUUUUCCAGUCCCCCCAAGGCCCCGUGGACAGUGUUGGGCCUAGCCCUCAGCUGGCAGUUCUCUUCCUGUACUGGCCGAAGUCUUGACCAAGAGCAGCUUAACAUGUUGAAGAAAAAGCUGUUUGAGCAAGAGCACAAGAAAGAAUCACAAUUGUUGUUGUCCUGGGCUGCCUUCUCCAAGCAGGACAGCCCUCCUGGGAAGAUGCCUUUCUGGACGUGGUUGGACAAGAUCCUGGACUUGGUGCACAGCCACCUGAAGGGUAUCUGGAAAGAUGGGCUCAUUAAGGGCUUUGUGACCCGUGCCCAGGCACUGCGAUUGUUAAAGAAGAAAUUGCCAGGUACUUUUCUGCUGCGAUUCAGUGAGACCUCAGUAGAGGGGGGCAUCACCUGUUCAUGGGUGGAACAUCAGGAUGAUGACAAGGUGGUCCUCCGAUCAGUAGAGCCGUACACUAAAGACAUUCUUCAGUUAGUCCCGAUCACAGAGAUCAUUCGUAAUUACCAGUUACUGGCAGAGGAGAAUGUGCCUGAGAACCCACUGUGCUUCCUUUACCCUGGCAUACCCCGGGAUGAAGCUUUUGGACCCUAUUACCGUGAGAAAGUUGAUCUUGCAAAACACAGGAAGUACUUAAGCCGGGAACUCAUUGUAGUGUCCAACAGGCAGGUCGAUGAUGUGCAGUCACCACAUCCGUUGCAGCAUCCAGAAAUGCUGGACUUUGAUCUGGAGCUUCAUCCAGACUGGGAGCAGACGGAGCCUGAGCUUCCCUUGGACCUGCAGGACCUCGGGAAGGAUCUGCUAACUCUAAAUGUGAAUGAUAUCGAAGCUCUGCAAAAUGACGAGUUGACUCGUGAUGCUGUCCUGCUGAGAGAUGACCCGGUGUUACCUAUCCUGUCCCCUGGCGAUGAGGCCCCCUCUUCUGUGAGCCACUUCUUCAUGGAUGGUGCCACUACUUUUGAUUUCCCUAAUUACUAGGAAUUAAAUUUCUCCCUCUUUCCUUCCUUCUCCCUCUACCCCUCUCCGUUGUGAUAUCGAUGUUUGGUGGAAAUCAAGAGCCUGGUGUUUGUUAUAGGGGGAGGGAGAUGGAAUUAGGAAAAGGAAGAAACAACUUCACAGCUUCCUGUUCUCCCAUGCCCAGUGCCAAAUUGUCUCUUCUUUCUCCCCUUGCACUUUGUGAAGUCCUGUGUACCCAGUUUUUCCUUGUGAGAGAUAAACAAUGUCUGGCUCAUUUUACUGGGGGAGGCUGUCUCCAGAAGUGGGAGCUGAGUGGAUAGAUCAAUAAUAACUUGGUUCUCUAAUCAUUUGAAGUUUAUAAAGCACUUUUCUCCCUAAAAAUAGCUGUCCUGUGAAGCAAGUACAAGUCCUACUGUAUUCAUUUUACAAAUAGAGACUUAUCCAUGGUCAUGCAGCUAUGUGAGCUCAACCCCAGAACUCCUGACCCUGUUCUGUGCUCUUCCUGUGUUGCUUUCCUGUCCUGCCUUUGCCCUUAUUACCCCCAGCAAAAGUUUCACAUGUGCACUUUGAUAGCUGGAACCACUUAGCAAUGAGCAGCUGGUUGUCUAAGGCUCUGAUAACAAAUAAUUCUGGGGGCCAAGCAAGUCCUGGUAUUAUGAUAGUUAACCAGUAGAACUGGACAAGAGCAAAGCCAGUACAAUAAACUGUAUUCUCUAACAAC